AUGUCUUCUCGUCCUUACGAACUCAUCGUCUUUGGAGCUACUGGUUUCACGGGAAAGUAUACCUGCGAGCACAUCGUCUCGCAGCUACCGACCGACCUCAAAUGGGCCGUUGCUGGUCGCUCUGAGAGCAAGCUCCAGAAUCUCGUCCGAGAACUCAAGUCUCUGAACCCUGAUCGCCUUGCUCCAGAAAUCGUGACCUCUGGACUCGACAAGCAGAGCGUCAAUGACCUGGUCAAGAAGACUACUGUCCUGAUCAAUACUGUCGGCCCUUACAUGCUGUAUGCUGAGCCCGUUGUCGAGGCUUGCGCUCGUAAUGGCACUCACUACCUUGACGUUACUGGCGAGACUCCAUGGGUCCGCGAGAUGAUCAAGAAGUAUCACGCUACAGCCAAGGCCAACAAAGCCAUCAUCAUCCAUCAGAUUGGUGUCGAAUCUGCUCCGGCUGAUUUACUUUCCUGGUCAAUGGUCAACCACGCUAGACGUACCCUCUCUGCUGGUGUCUCGGAGCUGGUCUUCUCGGUUGCCGACCUGAAGGGCCAGCCUAGUGGUGGAACCCUAGCUACAGUGAUUGGCUUGUUUGACAAGUACAGCAUCUCUGAAACUUCUGAGGCUAUGAAGCCCUGGUCUCUCUGCCCAACCAAUCCUCCUCGCAGUAGUCUGGAAGGUCCAACUCUACUCCAAAGGCUCUUUGGUGUUCGUCAAGUCCGCGAUCUCGGAACACUGUCCAGCAGCAUCCAAGGUGCUACCGACGCUACCAUCGUUCACAGGAGUUGGGGUCUCUUUGAGAACGGUAGCUUCUACGGCCCCAAGUUCCGCUUCAGCCCUUAUAUGACCGUUCGCAACAUCUUCACUGGUGUUCUGGUGCACUUUGCCCUCGCUUUCGGCAUGAUUGCGCUUAUUCUCUCACCCGUACGUUCGCUAUUGAAGCGCUUUGUGUUUCAACCUGGUGAGGGACCCUCAAAGGAGUCUUCUCGCCGCGACAGGAUCGAGUAUCGCGCCAUUGCCACAGUCGAUACUGCCGACCCUAAUGACCCCAAGCGUAUCACUGGACGUAUGGCUUGGGACGGUAGUUUGUACUACUUGACCGGUGUGUUCUUGGCCGAAGCAGCAAUCACGAUCUUGAGAGAUGAGACCCCGGCUGUUGGUAUGGGAGGCGGCUCCUUGACUCCUGCUGCCCUUGGUGCACCCUUCCUGGAGCGUCUACAGAAGGCUGGACUGAGAACUGAUGUCAAGGUCAUGCCUUAG